AUGGAUAGAAAACCUGUGAAGGUAACACUUAUUGAAACUCGCCAUGUUAAGGUGAACGUUGAGGACUUUAAAUCUAUGGUGCAAAGUUUAACCGGAAACGAUUUGUCUCUUGCAUCGACUCCUUCGCGACCUUCUUCUUCUAAAAAGCACGGGCCAUUAUCUCCAUCUCUACAACUACAACCACAACCAUUACAACUACAACCACAAUCACAACUACGUACAGGUAUUGUUAGUGAUAGUAGCCAUACCAUUGCUAAUGAUACUAAUUUAACCAUGGUUGAUCUUGAUGAGAUGUUACAAGGACUACCUCUUAUGGAAGACAUGGAAAAAAAUGCAGCUUUAAGGCGCUUUAUUCCACCAAACCUAAAGACCUCCACACUCGACAUCCUAAGCGCAUGUCUAUGGCGAUGCCGAACAAUAGCCUUACAACCCGACCCGGAAGAAUUAGUUCGAUUCAUGAGCAUCGUCAACAGUCGGACCCUACCCAAAUCCCCUUUCCGUGCCGGGUAUUACGGAAACGUGUUUGCUUUUCCGGUAGCCCUUUCCCGUGCUGGAAAGCUUUCAUCCAACCCAACCGGGUACGCAUUAAACCUCAUACAAAGAUCCAAAUCUGCUGUCACACCAGAAUACAUGAAAUCAGUUGCUGAUUUCUUGGUUCUUAAUGGUAGGCCCCACUUUACCGUGGUACGUAAUUUCAUCGUUUCUGAUAUUACGAAAGCUGGGUCAAAAAAACUGGAUAUCGGGUGGGGCUUGCCCGUGUAUGGUGGACCCGCUAAAGGUGGUGUAGGGCCGUAG